AUGUCAAGAGGUAAUAGAAGAGCUGGAACCUCUGACAGGAGAGUCGGGGGAACUACACAUUACCUUACCUCUAGGAGACCUGACAAUGAUUCCUACCUCAGAAGACACUGUCCCAUUGAAGAUCUCAGAGAAGACGAUUAUAUGAUGGGAGACAGGACAACCUUACUUACUAGGAAAACAACUGAAGAAAAUCUCUGUCAGAUUCCGCCAUACGAACAAUGGAAUACACCACGGAACCAAGGUCCGCCUGGGAACACUAAUGAAAUAGAAAUGGAUGACAGUAAAUCCGAGUCAAUGGGGACGUUAAAAAGACUACAGAAAAUAGUCCGGAAUAAAAAGGCCAGUGAUGAUGUGAGACAUGCUCUGUUACAAACUCCUACCCAGGACAUUGAAGAGGAGGAAGAAGAGACAUUAAUAACAUGUAUGAAGCUAACAAAAUCCCAAGAAAGGAAAGUCACAAAAGAGCCUGUCAGGAAAAGACAAGAAGCGGAGCAAUAUACAGAGCAGAGCUGCGCAUCCUUAGACAGGUCCUUCAACCUCAAAUGGAAACCUCCAAAAAGUACGGUCCCGUGUCCAGAGAACUCUCACUUCCUCAUGGACUGGAAAUCCUUUCCUGAUCACUUUGAUCCUUUCAUUUUCUCGCCAUCACAUACAGAAGAAUGGGAGCGAUGCGUCUGUUGUAACCACCAGGCCAAACUCUCCUGUUCCUUCACUGACACAGAUCUUCCAUAUGCUUGGCGCACCAGCAGCUUCGGGACCUUCGAACGCUUUAAGAAACCGUCCAUUUCCAAGCCAGAAGAUUUGGCGGAGAUCGGUGAUACAGGAAGUAUUUUUGAAGCCGGAGGAGGAGGAGUCUCAGAUGGCGACAAGGGUGGAAGUCUGACUAAGAAAAUGAAAGCCAUAUCGCUGACCAUGAGGAGAAAAAUGGGGAAAAAGUAUAUUAAGGCUCUUUCUGAGAGUGAAGAUGUUGAAGGGACUUUUACUUAUCGAGAUAGUGACACCACGGGAGGACUUGCCACAGAAAAAUGCACCCUCAAAGCCAGUGAAUCUGUCGAAAGUCUUUAUAGUCUCAACAGUGGUCAAAGCUCAUCCAGUGGUGUCACCAGCUGCUCUGAUGGAACCAGUAACAGGGAUAGCUUUAGACUUGAUGACGACAUUCCGUAUACCGGCCCCUUCUGCGGUCGAGCAAGAGUCCACACUGAUUUUACACCUAGUCCAUAUGACACUGAUUCACUGAAAAUCAAGAAAGGUGACAUCAUCGAUAUUAUCUACAAAACCCCCAUGGGUAUCUGGACCGGGAUGCUGAACAACAAAGUUGGGAAUUUUAAAUUUAUAUAUGUGGACAUCAUAUCGGAGGAGGAAGUUCCCAGGAAGAUAAUAAGAAGGAAAAGUAAGCGACCAAGACCGAAAACGUUACAAGAACUUCUAGAAAGGUUCAAUUUACAGGAGUAUAUGUCGAGCCUUUUAUUGAAUGGAUAUGAGAAUCUUGAAGAUCUAAAGGACAUAAAGGAGAGUCAUCUCUGCGAGCUCAAUAUCACAAACCCGGAAGAGCGGAUGAGGCUUCUGAUCGCCAUUGCCAAUCUGCAGGAUUGUGAGUGUGAACCAGAAGCCGGCAAUGACUUGGUGCCUCUGACGCUCGGCCCUGACACUGCUGCAAACAAAUGUGAACUCAGUGACUGUCCCAGGGAUUCCGGAUGUUACAUUACAUUGGAGAAUUCAGAGAACAGCAAAGAUGAUGUCCAGUCAGAAAAAUUGUGUGAAUCUGUACAGAAAAUCACCAUCAGCGAGUGCCCCUAACAGGCCGGACAUCUGCCAGUAUCUGCCCCACAGGCCCGCUGUCACACAUGGUGGACUCUUCACAGACUGUGUAGAUGCGAGGGUCCUGUGGCAGAUAUCCAGUCUUUACGUAUUUAUUAACAAUGUAUAAAGCAGCGGACUAAGAGGCAUGGCGCAUAGCUGAAGACUAAGUGUAGUCAUUAUGGGGGUGCACAAUAUUAGGGGACUUGACUAUGAGAAGCAGCUAUGACUGGGACCAUGUCCUGUAUGAUUUUCACCAUCACUAGUCAAGUUUAAUAAUUCAAGGAACUCAUUUCUACAGACGCUCGUACUUCAAUAACAGCUACUUCUCCCCCAAUUCCCCCUGUCAGGCCUCCAUGUGUAGUAAAUGGGAAUAGAAGAGAAAUUCGCUGGCAGACACCUCCACUGCCAUGUUAUCUCUAUGGGGAACAAAAGGAACAGGUGUUAAAAUUCAUCAUAUUCUAUCCACCUCCAUAUUCCACCCUAUACACAUUAGACCAGUGUUUCCCAACCAGGGUGCCUCCAGUUGUUGCUAAACUACAAUUCC